GCUCAGUGGCCAGCCAAGAAAGCCAUAGCCCGGAGCUUAGAUUAGCCAUGUCUCUCGCGCCUCCUCUGCUCCGCCUCCGCGCCCCCCGCCCCGACGCCGCCCUCUCCGCCGCCGUCCCGUCCCGCCCUCUCCCUGGAUGCCUCGCCAUCGGGCGGGGUCUCGGCUCCGGCCACGCCUACUGCCUCUUCUCCGGCGCCGGCGCCGGCCGCCGGAAGCAGGAGGAAGCUAAGAGAGGGCUGGAGAGUGCCGUAGACCAGAACAAGACGGGGUUCGGGACAUGGGGCGUGGAAACUGUUACAAGGCGGCUAAGAGACCGGCGUGGUGGCCCUGCUCCUGCUGUCGGUGGCGGUGGCAGGGGAAGGUCUGGAGGAGGAGGUGGUGGAGGUGGAGGUGGUUGGUUCAGGUGGUUUAGCAGUGGAGGCUUCUGGGACGCUGCGAAGCAGACUGUUCUGACGAUCCUUGGCAUUAUCGCGGCGGUCUUCCUCAUCGCGAAUUUCAACGUGCUUCUGGGGGCUGCCGUCUACCCGUUGCUGGUCGUGCUGCGGCAAAUAAGGCGCGCACUCACCUUUGCGGCUUAUUGUGUUUCUCGGGCCAUGUCGGCACCCGCUUCCAGGCCGAAGCCAACUCCUGUAGACAGCGCUGAAGUGGUGGCCGCAGCGCCUGUCAAAGAAAGAGCCAGAAUGUCUGCAAGAGAAAGAGUUGUUGCGAAAUGGCGUUCGGACUGAAUUAGAGGACAUUUCAAUGCCUUGUUUUUUUGGCCGGUCAGAUAGUUUUCAAACCAUGACUGUAUAAGUUCUAUUUCUUUUCUUCGUUGGCAGGAGCCUUUAAAUUAGAAGUAGAUGGUGUUACAGCUAUUUACAGGUGGCCAUUUGAAUGGUUCAGUUAUAAGCACUAUUUGUGUGGAAGAUACCUUGGAAAUACCACAUUUAAUUGCAGUCUGGACUUGAUCGGCAAUAUAUAUGGUUAUACAGGCAGCUUUCAACAGCA